AUGUCGAUUCCUGCAGAAUCUUCAAAAACAAAAAGAAAAGUAAUUAAAAAGGUUAAAUAUCCAGGAUAUCAAAUAGGAGAAUUAUCUCAAGAAAUUGGGUUAUGCAGAGUGACCUCGGUGCCCAUAAAGGUAUUUGGAAAGUUAUCAACUAUAGAGUACAAGUCACUAGUAGGCCAUCAGGUAAUUUAUGCUGGAUAUGGCACUAAUCUAUUUUCGGAUGGUAACGGUGGACAGCAACCACUACAAGUCAGCGAGGCGAUUGUUACUCCAUGCGGACAGAACUAUUCACAAGGCCCGUACUUGUGUUUAAGCGUUGAUUUCUUAAAUAUAAAAUAUCAAGAUCUAACCGAAGCUUACACUGGUGGACCUGUAUUCAGUUAUGGAUAUUUAGUAGGCGUAAUUAGUUACGGAAUUAUAGACUUACCACCGGGCCGUGUAACAGCUAUUUUACCUUACAAGAAAUGGAUCAGUGAUGUUGUGAGUGGUCGCAUCAAGUAA